UCAACAGCUGCUACAUGAGCAACGAGUCCUUCACUGCUCUGGCCCUGGCGGUGUCCUAUCUGCGCACGGUGGAUAUUUCCUGGUGUAAAGUGGUUGGCGGUCACUUGGCGCUCCUGCUGGAUGCUCUGCAGCCAUCAGUCGUCAGCGAGCUCCGUCUUUGCAGCUGCGAGCUCACCACUGAUGACAUGCAACAUCUGGCUGCCGUGUGCAGACGGGGCUGUCUCUCCUCACUCCGUGCACUGGAUCUGUCCUACAACAGCUUGGUGGGAGACAACGGUUGGUGCAGUCUGUUUGCAGCAGGAGGUCUGGGCUCUCUGGAAGACGUGGAUGUCAGUUUUGCGACCUUCAACCUUCUGCUCCGUGCUCAGCCUGGCUGCCCGCUCUGCUCCGAGCUCUGCCUCAAAUGCCGGGGCGCUGGCUCGACUGGCCAUGCAGAGUGGACAGCUGACUGUCAGGAGGAGAGAGGCAGCUGA